UUUAACAUCAAUGUAACUUACACCCACGACAGACAUAGAACUAGAAGCUAGCGUGAGCCUCUCCUAGAUCGAGAGAGUGAAAAUGUAGGUUUUUUGUUGCAACUGGAGUAGUUCCGCUCUGUUUGGCGUGUUGUUGUCCUGAGAAAAUGGUGGUGGUGGGCUACGGUGCGAUUGCGCAGGUUUCGCUGCUCGACCUCUCUCCUGUUCUCGUGGCCUAUCUCUGCCUGACGUAUACGCAGAUCCAACGGCCACACCACAUGAUAGAGAACACUAGGGCUGCGCUGGGCAGCGCAGCGAACUUGAAGCUAGUGAAGGAGGAUAGGGAGGAACGUGUCAGCCGCAAUGCUUCGGGCAGUAUGGCUGCAGGCGAGACAGAGCUGACAGGCGUAUGCAAGACCAAAUCUAGUGCAAGUGCGCCAGUUAGUGAUACUCUUAGCAGCAGCAGUUCUCGUAGUGGCAGUAGUCAACGAACACUCUCCGUGCCAGUGACCGACAGGACUGCCGGUGACGAUCGCGAGUGUGUGUAUGAUUCAGGGCUGCGGCUCUGGUUUUCGCGAUUGUGUUAUUAUGUCUCACUCGCGUUUCUUGCUUUUUUAGGCGUGUUUGCGUCUCCAGCGCUCGCAAGCCUUGCGCGCGUCAUCGUCCUCAACAGCCUUGCCAAGUUCGGGCUCUUCUCCGCAAGAUACGAUAAGUGGUUUGCAUCAUCCGGCAUUGCGAGACAUUUUCCCCCAGGCGGGGCGUGGAAAUUAGUCAUGCUCGUUUGUCUUUUAUUCCUCGCGCCCGAAUGUUCUUACGGGUUUUCGGCGCUGCUUGAAGGAGGUCUUCGUCUUCCCAAUUUCGAGGCGUCUUCAACACCCUUUUUGCAGCUUCUCGAUGCUUUGUAUUCCGGUGAUCGCGUACAAAACUUCUUUGGUGCGGAUAAGCAGGCCACUGAGAACGCUCUAUUGAUCGCAGUCAUGAUUGGCGGAACAGGGGUCACUCUGCUUUUAUGGCAUCGCUGGCAGAGGAACGACUACUCGAUGUUGCCGAUCAAGGGAACACGGCUGGUGAAUCUCUUGUGGGUCUCGUUCUUUAAUGCCUACGUGGAAGAGGUGUUUUUUAGGGGCCUCGUACAGGAAAAGCUGUUUCACCAUGCGCGGACGCGGCUCCUAGACGCACAAAGCGCGACGGGCUUGACAACGACCGCGUUUUUCGGUGGCUCUUCAACGUACAGUUACGGACGCGUCGAGUACCCGGAUAUGUACCUUGUCACGUUCUCGGAAUCGGGGGCUGCGUACUACGCAUGGCUCAUUUCGCUGCUGCUUCAGGCAGUCACUUUUGGUGCACUUCACUACUACGGCAUACCUAGCGGAUUUGCGGGAGUGGGACUGACUUCCAUCUACGGCGUUCUCAUGGGAUGCGUGGCUAUGCGCUUUGGCUCGCUACUCGUUCCCAUUUUUCUUCACACAGCUGCGGACUUUGUCAUCUUUUACGCCAUGGUGUAAAAAUCAUAUAAAUCACACAGUUUCAUCAGUUUGUUGUUUCUCAGAUGUCUUUUCUGUUCAACAUGGAGGUGCUGUGUAGUUUUCUGGGCAUUGCUUCCACAUUGCUGUUUUUUCGAUGUGGCCUUGUGAUUAAUCAAUGAACUUGCAGUCCAAACAAAAAGUGCGCUGCUGGGCCCAUCGUCACUGUCUUUACUUUCAUGACUUUGCAAAUGUUAUAGCAUGUUUCGCUGAGAGUGAGAUUGAUUCUUCACCUCUCACUUUCGUUGAGACAUGGAAGAAAUAGAGGGCAUCUUUCUACUGGACUGGUCUCAUCAGCAGGACUGAGGUGGCGUUCGUGUCGCAAAACUUGGCAGGCUGGUUGAAACAUAUACUUACUAGGCUCCCAAGAAAAAGAAUGAU